AAGAAGAAGAAGAAGAUGAUGAAGAAGAAGAAGAUGAUGAAGAAGAAGAAGAUGCAGAUGAGUGCCGUCGAUCUUAGAAUCACCGCACACUUCACUCAUUUGGGCAGUCACGGGGCCAAAACCAGAGUGUGGAGCCACAGUGCGGCGGUGGAGGCAGCAGCAAUGGGAGGCCAUACAGCACCCUAUGACAAAAAUGGAACCCACCAGCAGUGUGAGGAGACCUGAAAGUGGCACAUGGCAGAGUGUGGCGAUGGAGACAGCAG